AUGAAAACGUACACUACAUUGUCCCUGUAUAUUAUGGGCGACUUUGGUGAUCCUGUUAUGGAUAAUCUCGCGUUUGGUGCUCGAAUGGCUGCCUAUGAAAUCAAUAGCAAUAAUGAUAUUCUUCCCGAUGCAACAAUUAGAGUUGGUAACACGUUUCCUCCUCCAUCAAUCUAUCCUGCUAUGGUGUACGACUAUACUAGCGUCGUAUGCACGCAGAAAAAGCAAUAUGCUGUAAUUGGUCCCGGAACGACUGCUAUAGCAAUGCCAGUGUUUCUUACUUGUCCAUCUACACCUGGAUUUAGUGUUGGCGCUGCUGGCGAUCAGCUCAGUGAUAAAACCUUGCAAAUUGCAAUGCCAUACGGUGGUGAUGCAGUAUUUAGAACCGCGGCAAAAAUCAGUAUUCAGACUUAUCCAAAUUAUGGCAUUGAAGUUAGUGCAAGUGUGUUGAUUCCAGAUCCACCUGUUUCAACCAACAACUAUUCAGAUGUAUUGCGGCCAAUUUUUACUUUUUUGCAAUCAACAGAUUUGAGAAUCUUUAAUGUUUUGGCUGGUGCAGAUCAAGUCGCAGAUUGCUUACACAUGGCAAACUUGACUGGACUCCUUGGUCCCAAUUAUGUAUGGACAACUACACAGGCUGGCAUUGAUCCCAGUUAUUUUUCGUCGCGAUGGGGUGGUCUUCAACUUUCACCAUCUUUGCUUAAAUCAGCUAUUGUAUUAUCUGAAGUCAAUGGACCAUUUGCCAACAACCCAAACUAUCUGAAUUUUAUCCCACGAUUCAAAACAUACCUUAGUGGAGUAUUGGCAAGUCCCGAGGUUCAAUUAUAUGGAGGAAUUGAUCCAAAUGCAGCCAGUGAUAGUGUGUCAUAUGGUCCAUUGUAUUUUUAUUCUGAUUUCAACUACACGUGGCCUUCGUCUUUGGUUGCAAUCGGAUAUGAUGGCAUGUAUGCUAUUGCUCGAGCAUGGGAAAAGACAAUCGCGUCGUCUGGACUUGAUGCAAGGGCAUUAUCCAAUGGAACCCUUCAAAACCAAGUCAAACUUGCCGAUAUUCUUUCAAAUGCCCAGAUAAAUACAACACUCAUGUCACCUAUUUUUGGCAGCAGCGGAAAUCUCGUACCACAAACUUACACUUUAAACCAAUAUGAUGGCACUACACUAUUUUCAGCACCAAUAGUUGCGUUAUUAUCUAGCUCAGGAAAUAACGGACUAUACAAUUUUACUGUAAAUCGAGCCAAAUUUUCAUGGGGUGGAAAUCGAUCAUUCAGCGACACUCCAAUUGCAUACACACCAACUGUAGAGAUUUAUGUUCACUGGGAGAGCACUGGUACAAAAGUCAUGAUUGGAAUGGCUAUGGUAGCAUCAGCCUACUGCAUUAUUCUUGCCAUUAUUGUCAUGAUUUACCGUAAAGAACCCUAUGUUAAAUCUUCGUCGCCUUACAUUCUUCUCGUCACUGCGCUUGGAUUGGCAAUCAUUCCCUUGAAUGUAUUUACUGAAAUUGGUGCAUAUCGACCUCUUGCGUGUCAAUUACGGACCUUUCCCACUGUAUUGGGUAUUACUAUUGUGAUGGCAUCCGUAUUUGCCAAAUGCUUGCGUCUCUAUGUAAUUUUCUGUCGUCCCAUGUCAUUAAGUAAUUAUAUAACCAUACUGACAAAAGAAGCCGCGCUGUUUGGAAUAAUGGCUGCGAUUGUAGCAACUAUGCUGGCUGUGCUGAUUGGAUUUAGUUUCGGAGCCUCUUUCCAGAGCACAGAAGUGUACAUUGAUUCCACCAACACAUAUGUAUGGGCAUGCGUGAAUAAAAGCAAUGGGACAACUGUGGGUCUGGUGAUUGUUGGAAUAUUAAUUGUUGCGCUUCUAGUAGCCGUGACAAUCCUCGCUUACUAUAUCCGUGCCAUUCCCGAUCUUUUUAACAACGUUCGAGAAACCAUUCAUUCCAUUUAUAUCAUCACUGUGCUGGCGAUUGUUACUCUCCUUCAAGGUAUCAUGAGCUAUAGUCUUAUUGAAACAGAAUUUUACUCCGAGAAUGGUACAAUUCAGCUUGCAGUGAUAAUUGUUGGAUCUAUUCUUCUUGGCACGCCGCUUCUUCGCCAAAUGACGUCCAAGGCAUUAUUUACUAUCAAACCCUUCAACAGGUCCACAAGGUCUCGCAUGUCGUAUAAUAAUUCAACCAAGAGUUUUAUUGACACCAAGGCAGAAACAUCUACCUUGGGUAAUAUAAUAUUCAAGGGGCAAGUCGAAGCCAAGACUCAUAAACUUGAAAAAAAAUAUGAGGAAGAUAAAACUCGAACUUCCCAGUUGAUUGUCAACAAAAGUACCGCGACUUUGGAAGAGAUUGCGCGUUUGAAGUCUAACCAACAAUCUAUUUUGCGAAACAAGUCUGCUGUGACGCAGAUUGGUCGUAAUCUCAAGCAGUGGAGACGUAUUCGAAUUAUCUUGUUUCUUGAUCCAGCAUAUGCAAUUAGAUGCAGCUUUCAUGCUGACCCAAACAAUGUUUUCUAUCACGGAUUUAGCAACACUGUCAGUGUUAGAUCUAUGAAAGAGACGGAUUAUGGGUUCACCAAUGUAGUGGAGCUUUAUUUUGAAGAUCACAUGGUCGCUAUUCCAUUUGAAGAUGAAUUUAAAAUGAAUUCAUGGACAGACGCCAUCUGCCGUACGGUAAUUUCUCACGAAGAUCCCAAACAGCUUAAAAACAUUGGUCCAGACGAAUAUAUCACAGAUGUUGAAAUUAUACGCCAAAGCAGUUCUGAGCCACCUGAAGCAUCAAAUGAACAAAGUUCAAGAAAAAGAUCAUCUACAAUCAAAUCUCGACACUCCAAAAAGCGAUCUUUUGUACGCCAGCUAUCUGUCAAGGAUUCAAAUAGAUCGAGCAAGCAUGUACCUAGUUCAGUAGAUGCUGCACCCAAAACAGAAUCAAACAGAGCCAGUAUUAUUUCUUCUCAAGCUGAUUCCAAUCGAUUUUAA